GAUAAUUUGUCUAACGUCACAUGAUCACGGCUCCGAAAGAAAGGUUGCUGUCAAGCAUCCCUUUAAUUAGAGCGCACGCACGCAGGGGAAUGUUUACCGCGUCCGUGAGCGGGUCUCCGUUCUGAACACCCAGGUAGUCUCACCGACGUGAUACGGCAGAUUUUUCGCGCCAUGUCUUUCGAGAGCCCCCGGUCUUCAGUGUUCACGUUCCAGUCGUCGGUGCACAGCUCGCACGUGCUGCGCAGCCUGAACGAGCAGCGGAAGCGGGACGUCCUGUGCGACUUGACGGUGGUGGUGGAGAACAAGGGCUUCCGCGCGCACCGCUCCGUGCUGGCCUCGUGCAGCGAAUACUUCCACACACGCGUCACUAGCCUGGUGGGGCAAGGCCUGGUCGUCACGCUCCCUGAUGAGGUUACGGUGGAAGGAUUCGACCCGUUGUUGGAAUUUGCUUACACAGCAAAGCUCCUCUUCACCAAGGAGAACAUUCUGGAAAUUCGCAGGUGCGCCACCGUUUUGGGUUUCCACGACCUGGACAAGGCCUGCUUCGACUUCCUCAUCCCAAAGUUCUUCGACAGCAGCAGGAGCGCUCAGGCCAUCCCGCGGAGGGUGUGCUGCCGGAAAAAAUUCUGGCGGGAGAAAUCGGCGAAGCAAGGGUCCGGCACCGAUGCGGACGCCGCCGCCGACGAUGAGGUCAUCGAGGUCAAAGAGGAGAGCAGGGACGUGGAGGAGCUGGUGGGAGAGCGCGACCCCGAAGAGACGGCCCCGUGCGCUAAACCCGCGAACGAUGCCCCGGGAAGCCUCGGCCAGGGCUGCUCGGGCUGCCCUGCCGUUGCCACGCCGACGGACCCGGCCCUGCUCUGUCUGAAGUACCGCAAGUUCCAGAACGCCUGCGGGAGGGAGCGGUCCAGCAGCCCUCAGGUUCCUUCCUCAUCCUCCUCCUCAUCCUCAUCCUCGCUGGCUCCGGCCGCCGAAGGGCAGGCACCCCCUGUCCAUCCCCGAAGGCAGGAAGGCAGCGGAUUGGCCAGAGCCGUCUCCGGGAGACGCAAGUCUGAGGCGGACUCCACGGCGAGCGAGAACGAGGCGGCGGCGGUGUCCGUGCGCCCGCCCCCUGCGCUCGCCCCUCUCCCGGGAAACCCCGAUGGCGGCGGCAGCGGCGGCGGCUUCGGGGAGGCACUGGAUUCCGGGUGCAGCCCAUCCGUGGGGUCAGCGGGGGCGGAGCCAGACUGCUGCACUGUGGGUACUCGCUUUCCACCUUGUUCCGCCGGACAGGAGGAGGAGGAGGGUGGCAGAAACCAUGCGAUACCGGCUGGCUCGGACCUGGCGCAUCCCGAAUUUUCCAGCGCCCCGGGUCAGCAGGGAGGCGGGGAGAGGAGCACCGUCGAGAGGGAGGUCCCCGCACACCUGGCCGAGAGCUUCUGGUGCGCGUACCUGGACCCCCCCGGGGAGUCCUCCGCGGGCCCGUCGGCAGGCUACCGCUGGUGCAAGCGGCUCGCCCCGGCGCCGGGGGGGCUGGACUGCCCUUUUCUCCGGGACCAGGGGCUGCCCCAGGCGGGGGGGAGGUCCUACGACUCCUCCCCAAACUCGGGGGACGACUCCGACACGGAGGGGGCCAGCGUGUGCUCCUCCACCCAAAGAGCACCCGAGGUGCAGCUGCCCUUCCCAGUCGAGCAGAUCGUCUCCCUGAGCCGGAACGACUUCCAGAACGUUCUGAAGGAGCACCGGCUGACCCGGGAGCAGCUGGACUUCGUCCAGGACGUCCGACGGCGCAGCAAGAACUGCAUCGCCGCCCGUCGCUGCCGCAAGAGGAAGCUCGACUGCAUCUACAGCCUGGAGUGCGAGAUCGAGAAGCUGCGCUGUGAGAAGCAGACGCUGGAGCAGGAGAGGACUCAUCUGGCCCAGGUGAAGCGGCAGACCUGGCAGGACAUCUCGGGCUUGUGCCAGAAGGUGCUCAGCGAGGCGGCCCUGCAGCCGGAGCAGCUGCAUGUGCUGGCUAAAUAUGCCACCCCGGACUGCCCCCGGUCGUCCCUCCUCGCCCCCCUGACACCCCCCUCCGCCUCCGCCUGCCCCUCCGUGGACCCCUGCCCAGGUGAGACUCACAGAGACCCACAGGUUCCCCUCCCCCCGGAGCCCGCGCCGGCAGCCAAUCACGACAGGACUUCGCCUGGCUCCGCCCCUGGUGGGCGUGGCCUCUGCUCCAUCGCAGACGUCUGUUUGGACAUGAGCCGCAAAUGUGCCAGGGAUGAGUGACAGCUGUCACUUCACCACUCGGCCUCCUCUGUUUUUUAAAAAAAAACAAAUUCCUUAAACAAAUGACUGCAUUUUUUCAGUUAAUCACAAAAAUAUGUAAUUACAGACACUCAGGUUUUUUGUUGUUGUUUUUUCAUUUUACACACUGUAUGUGUUUUUUUACACACUUACGAACAUGCAUUUUAAAUCUAAUCACUACUACGGGCACUAUAUCUCGAAUUACUUCCCGUCAGAUCUCAUUGCUUCACUUUUCUGAAUCAUGCCAGGUGUUCUGAAAUAUAUGCCACUAUUUCUAGAAAUAUUUGCAAACAGGUCCUGUGGUCUGGUAUAAGACGCCAUCAGGUAUUCACAGUCUAACUAAAGUGUGGUCAUCUUUCAGGGGAAAAUAGUCACCAGUUUACUGGGAAAGUGACCACUGUUGAUGGCCAUACUUCAGCCAUCAGUGAAGAAUGUUUAUUGUUCAAAAAUAGCACCGCUUGGUCAUUAGCAUGACCAGUGAAUUUACCCUGGCCGUACGCUUAAACAAACAGACCUCUAUGCGUCAGUGAUUUCUGGUCUGUCGAUUAGGUCUGAUCUCACUGUACAAUCUCAGGACCAACAGAUACCUCAGUACAGCAUCAACUCUGUCUCUGAAUGUGUAGUCUUCUUGCAGGGUAAUCACUGCUGUUCUACCCAAUUGUCAAACAAUGCACAAUUUAAAAUGGUGAAAAGGUGUUAUGCAAUCCACCAUUCAUAUGCUGAAAAUGGCUACCCACUACCAUCCCACAUUGGGUCUGGAUCUCUAUAAUACUCUGAUUUAGAACCACACGGUGAACUGAACUGUAGGCCGCACCUCUUUUCCAACACAAAUGUGCUUAUCCUCGUUCAUGUAAAGAAUGAUGGGUAAUGUAGUCACUAUCCUUUAGAAUCCUUCGUGUGUGCCCUCAGGGUUAGGCAUUUCCAUAAAGUACGAUGAUAAGCGCACCUUUUUAACCGUUUCAACCGCGGAUCUUUGGACAGUUGGGUGGCAGUUCACUCAUAGGGGUCAGGGCUGAAAUGCUGCGUCCGCAAUAACAACAGUCACAGAGCUUUCAAAGAGAAAUCUGCUGUCUGCAGCACCGUACAGCAGCCUCGGGUGCUUUGGCAGCCAUUUUGUCUUAAUUUCCAGAGUUUUAGGAAAGCUUUGCAGUUUUCACAAGGACAUUUUGCCAUGCAGUCCGGCUAUAUGCCCGCUAACAGCCUGUCCUAAUUGUACCUCGAGUCACUCCUCUUGGGGUGCAGGCCUCAGUAACGGGGUAAUUUGUGGUAAUUUGCUGAGGGUGUCACAGUCACAGAAUCAGAGAUCGUCCUUGUUUACUACUUAUUUCACAUUCACAUUCAUUAAUGAAAGUAUUUGUGUUUUAAUUCUUUUUUUUUUCGUAAGCACUUUUUUUUUUUUUUUACAGUCUUGUAUAUGAUGUUCAGACUCUUUCAGAUUUUUGACUGUAUCCGGAUUUUAAAAGCAAACUCAAAAGUAUCACAGGGAUUUCUAUUUAUUUUUAAUCUGUGGAAGGUGCAAAAAUGGCAUCGAAGGUUUAAACCAAACAAUGGGCACCAGCGCUCGUAUUUCUCUUAUUGUUUAAAAAGCUGUUUAAGGAACACUUAUGCCAGGUCACAUGGUACCGUGCUCUGUAUGUACUUCCUGGUUUGGGAGUAGGAGACAAGGUGCACAAAUGGUGUAAAUCCAUAAAUGAUUCCCAGUGGCUCUCCUUACAGUUUGGAUUCUCAUUUUUCCCACAUUCAACCAGUGGCCGCUGUGACCUCCUUUCCUUUUACGGUACCAGGAAUGUUUGCGAUUCGGUCAUUGCGCUGGCGGACUUCCCGAGCUUGAACACCACAGCACUGCUGAACGUUAGCCAAAUGGAAAUUCAGCGGACUGCCCGAAGACAACGUUCAGUUGUGCAGAUUAGAGACGUUAUUCCAGAGGGUUCCAUAAGAGUUUGCAUGUAAAAUUAUCUGCAAGGUUAUACUGUCUUUUUUUAUUUUUUAUUUAAAUCUCCUGGUGUAGAGGGUUCAUCGUGAUAUUGCCACUGUAAGAGGUAAUAUAGGUCAAACCAUAUUACGCUGGAGAGAUUAAAAUAAUUCAUUGUUUACUUUCCGAGUUUUAAAAAUAUUAUUUCAGUUUAAGUGUGUAUUUUCAGUUGGCCCAGGUAAUUCUUAAAUGUGUUGAAGAAUAUUCUACAUACUAAAAUUUAGGACAACAGCCUGGACAGGGCUUGAGGUUUUGAACCUUUUUUUUGAUCCAGGGAUCCCCACCCAUGCUCAAAGGCAUCCAGGGGGACCCCCCUUGUACUUUUAAAAUGGGUAUUUUUAAAAAUGGUUUUACAUUUUAAAAUAUUUUCCCAAAAUGUAUAUAUAGUUAAUCCAUAUCAAGUCUGGCCAGGGACCCCCUACAGUACCUUCACUGACCCUUUGUUUUGUUUUCUUUUUUUGUAUGUUUUUUUUUUUCCCAGCAGUGCAUAAUGAUGAUUAAAAGUGCAUAUCAUUUGAAGACUCAAUUAAACUGUCUGUUCUUUGCAA